AUGGCCACGACGACAACAGCAUUGGCAUCUGAUCGUCCUCUUCAGACGCUACUGUCUCUCUGUGAGAAUCUACACGGACAGCAGCAGGAUGCGGACAGUCCAGCCGUGGUUCCAAGGGUGUCGCUUCGACAGUUAGUCCCGCUGCACCAAAGCAUCUGUCAAGCCGUUCGGUGGGGUUCGGCUACUAGUAAUACUAGUAAUAGCAAGGCAGAGCAAGAUGAAUCCUCCCUUGAAUCUUGGAUUGUUCGUGUCUGUCUUGACCCAGAAGAUCAACAGUUGUGUCGAGAGAUUUUGAUUUCUUCUUCAACUAAGAACACUACCAGUUCAAGUGCACAGCAAAAGCAGCAACUGGCUGUGCUUCAGUACUGUCUGUCAUCCUGCAGUCACCCAUUGGAGGGAUUGUCCUCUCUUGUCUUGCCUUGGUUGCUCAGCAGAUACUACAUGCCACUGCCCCAAGCAGAACAAGAUGAACUUUCCAGCAUUCCUCAAACCAAGCUGGAAAUGCUAGAAGCUCUACUGGAUGCUGUAUUCUCCACGCCUGCCAUUCUUACCAAUCCAGAUUCUUUGCAAAAGUGUACAGAUGCCUGUCUCCAAUUGUUGCCAAGCUCAUCCAGUUCAGCUAGCCCAGAAUGGACUUGGACAGUUCAGGGAAGAGUGCUCAUUCGAUUGCAUCAAUGGACUUGCAAGGCAAAAAGCACCAAUGAUGAUAUCAUGGCACAAGAAGAAGGACAUGUACUCCAAUGUCUCUUGCAAAAAUGCAAACAAGCCAUUCAGCAACAAAAGCAGCAACCACAGGCAACUUCCAGCUCAGUUUAUGCGGCAUGGCUCAGGCCACUCACCAAUGACUGGUUGCCCUAUCUACUCUAUCAUCACAACAAUCAAAACAACAGUCAAAACAACAACAACAUUAAUGAACAACUCCAGAAAUUAUGGCAGUGUCUCUGGGAAACCUACCAUCAUCAAAACGCUACGACAAAAUCAAACACGAGCAACGCUAUCCACAUCAUUAUUCCCACCACCAGUGUGCUGUGUGCCAUGAUUCCGUCACUCAUCGACAAGCCAUUGCCCGUGCCAACAACAAACAAAGACAAAAUUACAGAACCUCAGACACCCUUUCAUCAAGAAUGUCUUUGGAAACUUAUCCAUACGUGUCUACAACAAGGCAUUCCGAGACCCUACAGUAGCAGUAGCAGCAGUGCUGCCAACUCGUACAUCUUUGCCAAGGGACACGCCAAUGACAAACUUUACACCAUGCUUCGCAGACGGGGACUCUAUCUUCUUCGAAUGAUCAUGCCUGCCAACAAGAUUGCCAAAGAGGACGGGAAGAAACAAAAAACAAAGGGAAAAGCCAAAAAGCAAAAACAAACGCAAACCAAGGCACCCGAAGAUCCCACCGUGCUUCUCUGGAAAAAGUACAUUCAGGUCAUGGAAACGCUCGAAAUGGAAACCGAGCAGCAUCUCAUUGAACAAGUCUGGGACACAUUGACCGAAGUUCUUGCGGCAUGUGCCAGCAUGGCAGAAACACAACAAAAACAAAGAAAACAAGUAGAUGCUUCUACCGGCACGACGACUACACCGCCACUCAUGACAUGGAAAUGGACACAGCUCUUAUUGGCAAGAGUGUUAACCAGCUACGAUCAACCCAUGGUGCGAAAAUUGGCGCUCUAUCGGUUUCUCAAUGGCCAAGCGGGAAUUUCCUUAUCAUUGUUGCAACCGACAAAUACAGGAGACGACGGUGGUGCUGCUGCUGCACGGAAUAAUAAUAAUGCCAACAAAAAAGGAGGAAAAGGGAAACAACACGGGAAAAAGCCGACGUCACCGAAGAAACCUCAGGGAGCCCCGUUGACGCUCUUGACGCCAUCGUUUGUCUGUGAAAUUGCCAUUGUCUCGUUUGACAGUUUGGUGGGAUCGGUCGGCACAAAUCUCAACAUGGAAGAAGGAAAGCAAGUCCAGCACGUCGAGUUGGCGCCUCUGCUAUCAAAAUUCAUCAACCUAUACUAUCAGGCGCUGGCUCCAGAUCAGCGACUCGAGUUCGUCAAGCUGCUUUGGCACAAUGACAUGGUGAAUCGGGUUCGAACCAAAAUCUUGGUCCAAAUCUGGGGGUGUCUGGCGGAUGCCAUGCAAUCAUCAACAUCAACAAACGCAACCACCACUUGGGUACUGGAAGAUCCUGCCGUGCUACCGUCUCUGGUACAGUCCUUGCAGCGCUUGUUUGCUACGGCGUCCAUUGUACGAACAUUUCAGGAAUCCUUACUCGAAUCCUUGGCCACAAUGUUGCGUCAUGCGUGGACGCUAAGGAAAGCCGUGAACCCCAAACUGAUCUUGCAAGUAUUGGCCCUGUUCCACUCAAUUGUCCUUGACGGCACCAAGAAAAGCAGUGCAACAACUGCGACGGUGUCAGCUGGGCAGGGAGAGGAGGAAAAAAAUUCGUUGGAUGAAAAUGACAAUGUCAUCAAGAGCAGCUACGGCAUAAUAAGCGCUGCCUUGCAACAAUGGUUGUGUCAGAUUGUAGAUACUGUACCGCUGGUAGUGAACGACGACAGUGGCAUGGAUUUGAGUUGGAUCUCCCUGGUCGCUGCCUCGGUCGCUGCUGCAUUUGUUCGAGGUGACCUGCUAUCAACGUCAUCGUCAGGCGCGGAUGAUCAAGCAUUGUGGGAACCAAAGUCGGGAGCUAGCAAGUCAGAGCGAGAAAUGGCAAGGGCAACGGCAUAUCUCUGCACUUUAGUGGGACGAAGCACGACGACACGUGAAGCUGGUGACUCCAAAGGUGCCACCACCGCUGGCGAGCUUCUUUGGCCUGCCAUUCACAAGGGGCUUGCCAAUGUUCCGGUUGCAAUGAUCGGAACCACGUGGACCAAAGCAGAUUGCGUGACAAGGGCUUUGCUGCUUUUGGAGGAAGGAUGCCGAUUACAAGUCAUCUCAGGCAUGGGUAACGGUGACUUGAUUGUUGAUGGAAGGACACAGCAAAUGAUGCCUCCGCCUCGUAACAUUGAGUUAGAGCUGGAGAGCAGCGUGAAGUUUGUCCUCCAUCAUGUGGCGUUUUUGAUGGUCGAGGCUCCCUCCAAAGAGGACGGGGCGGGAGGAGCGAGUCGGUCGGGAGACGCCAAGAAAGCAUCCAUAACUUUCGCCUAUCUGAUUUCUCAGAUACGGCUAUUGCAUGAGGCAUAUCCAUCAAGUAUGGCACUGUCCAAAGCCGUGGACGAAAUGGUCAAGACAAGCUUAGACGCGUUGCAAGAGUCGCAUUCGAAUCCUGGCACUGACAUUGUGCGGCAGACAGCCUUGACCUAUGCAGCACUAUCUUGUGGGGCCGCACUGCCCGAUGAGAAGCAGAUGUUGGAAAUUUGCCGUCUCUUCCUGUUGCUUGAGUAUCAAAAGAUGCCGGGGAGAAGGAAAUCAGAAGAGCAAAUUGCCCGAUCUAUCUUCUUUUUUGCCAAGUGGGGCGUUCUGUCUUGCCUGCUGCCUCGGUUACUUGGCGAUGACGGAAAGGACCAGUUCGAUGUCAAGGCGGUUGAUGACUUUCUCCAGGAGUUUCGAAAAGUCGCAUUCGCUUCGGUGCACGGCAUUCCAGUGGACGCAAUGAUGGCAUUUUUCCAAUGCAUCGCUGUAACAGCACGGCGACAAUUGUCGGUUCCAGAGAGGCCAGUGGGGAACGAAAACGAAAACGAAAUGGAUGCUUCGGACGAUGUAGACCCAUCUGUGAUCGGUGACUUCAUCGAUGCUUUCAUGACCAUUAUGGAAGAGCGCGUGUCAAGCCACGACACUCUUUACAUGCUGAACGAGUUUUGUGGGAUCAUCUUCCAGCGCGACCUCUUGCUUCAAGAAUAUCGGCGCUUGCUGCAGGAUCCUGUUGCUGGGGAAACUCCUAUCCGCGACGCAUUUCGCAAAUUGAUGUCGUUGGCUGGCACUACGAGGCCACACAUUUCGAGGGUGGUACUUUGCCACGCCACGGUGGGAUGGCUUGGCGGCUCCCAGAUCGAUGCAUCAAGCGAUAAUCCAUCAGCAGGGCUUGGUGCGAUUUCCUUUCGCAAGGACAUUGUAGAAUUGCUGCUUCACAAGGAAUCCCGAGUUAACGAAGUCACGGCGAACCAAUCCGUGAACGACGACUCUUUCAAUCAAGGUUUCACUAUCCCACCAGGAAUAGACGAAUCCAGUGUAGCUCGGGGAUAUGCUUUAAUAUUCUUUUCCAAGCUCUCUGAUCCUCAGAGUGGAUUACACCCAGACGUCCUCAAAGAUCUUGUGCACCACACAAUAUUCGGCCUCCUCGAUAAAGUAAGCAGCGACCCAAAGCAGAAGAAGAAGGGUUCCUCUAAUCUUGUGAUGCUCGGAUCGGAGGAAUACGUUGUCAAAAUUCGAGGCUGGCAAGCGCUUUGCUGCUUAUCCCGCUUUGUCACCGAUGACAUUGCUGAAGCUGUAUGCAAGCGCAUCUUUCAAACCAUGGCAGAUCCAUUGCAUCAGCAGAUUCGGUAUUUCCUCGAAGUGUUCACGCUUCAAUGUCGCGAAGGCACAAUUCAAUUUUUGGGGAAGCGAUUCUUGAGAGCAUAA